AUGAUCUUCAGCAUUCUUCCCGCUGUGACGUGGGUUGCGCUCUCUCUACUCGGCGCCUCGCAAUGCAGGUCCAUCGCGAGCGGUAGCGGUAUCCAAAUGACGGCAGACGUCGGCAACGAGAUGAUGCUGUCUCGCAAUCCAGGCAGCCAACUGAUCGGUCUUGACAUCGAACAACGCGAGUUGGAUCCUAGCCUGCAGAACCUUGCUCCUCGCAUCGUCUUUAAUCCCAACGUUAUCUCGCCCCACAAGCACACUACCUGGUUGGCUGGACAGACGGUCAACGUGAAAUGGGAUCCAUCAAAGUUGCCAGCUGAACUUGGGGACCUUGUAAGUCCUCACGACGGGCGCAUCGUAGAGCGUUGCUGAUUCCUUUCCACGCGCUUGACCCCUUCAAACCUGUCCCGCUGCAGCAUGGAGAAAUUAGACUGGGUUACCGCAAGGAAGGCGAGACGAACGAGCAUCUGAAGUGGGUGCUGCACUCGAACGUGCCCUUAAAGGUUGGCAAGCAGGAGGUCAAGUUGCCUGACGACUUGGAGACCAAGGAGCAUGAGUACAUGUGAGGGUACGCUGCACCGUCUUGUCCCUCGGUCACCUCUGGUCCUGACUAGAAUCGUCUCCCUGCUCGCUACCCUCCUUAGCAUCGUCGUGAUGGGCGAUUCUGGCAAUGCGAGCGAGCCUUUCACCAUCUACAGCAAGGCGGACAAGCAGAAAUGGUUAGAGCAUCUCAAGCCAAAGCCUGGAGCAAAGGCCACCGCCAAGAGUGCCAGCACCUCGACCGCCAAAGCCGGUGCCGGUUUCGAUGGUGGUAAACCGCAUGCCGAGACGAAGACGACGAGCAAAUCCAAGAGCAAAGCAGAGAGCAAAGGCGCUCUCGAACCCCAGCGACGUCAAAUCGAUGUCAAAGUCUUCAGCAAAAUCGCUGCUUGA